GUUGGUGAAAAAAAAACAAGAGAAGAGUGGGGGUGUGAUCACACGGAGCUGGUAAAAUAUAUAUAUAUUUAUCCCCACUGCUUGUCAUAAUAGUUUGUGUAUUCUAUUUAUUUCCAUUUCUGACAACUGUAUAAACAUUUUUUAUUAGUUUGAAACUCAGGACUUCUGUGUAGCCCUCUGUGGUUGACGUCGUUUCAAUAACAUGUAAUUUUUUAGAUGGUUAUGGCUAGGCAGGUACAUUUCCACAGUUUUUCGCGAGUCAGCCAGUUCAAAUAUUGGGUCUGCCGUGGGAAAAAUAAGCGGAAAGUGAGUUUGCAGUAUCGAAAUCCAAUAUCACAGCUGCUGCAUGGGUCCCCCGCCGUCUGCGCUAACCUCUCCACUCCAACCUGUGUAUGUAUGUGUGUCUUUUGAAGGGGUUGGGAUAAAGGGGUUCCGUUCAACCUUGUGUACGAUUGGACAAUAAAGUAAUCUUCUUCUUCUCUGACUGUUUGCUGUUUGUAUUGAUUAUUUAUAUUUUGUAGUACUGGGACAGUCUUUGUAAAUACAUACGUUUAAGAAGACUUAUUGUAAACUGAUUUGGUCAUUUCUCUUCUCUGCCAAAGAAUCAUUGCAGAUCUCCUGUUCCAUGCUUCAUAAAGCCUAAGCCUACACAAUGGAGGAAAGACACAAAAGGAUUCUCCAACGCAAUAGGGUCAAUCUCGUGAGAGACCUGGACCCAUCAGAUAUGUAUGAUGGACUUCUGUCAAAAGGAAUAUUUACUCAAGACAUGAUCGACGAGAUAAAGGUAGGGUGUGAUGGUAUUCUUCUUGACUAUUAUUGUCUGUUUUGCAAGAAUCCCGAUUCAUGAUAAACAUCAUCAUGAUUAGGCUAUUCUCAUCCCAUGCUGUUACGCACAGCGAAGUCUGGUGUGUGAGACUAUGAACAGGCUACCUGAAUUCUUACCAUGCAUCAUAUGCCACUGUUUCAGUUCUCAAAAGCAUUUUUUUUUUUUUUACAUUUUAGUCAUUUAGCAGACGCUCUUAUCCAGGGUGACUUACAGUUAGUGAGUGCAUACAUUUUCAUACUGGCCCCCCGUGGGAAUCGAACCCACAACCCUGGCGUUGCAAAUGCCAUGCUCUAACAACUGAGCUACACGGGACUAUGCCUUGUUCCUCUAUUUCAGAGCUCAGGGAUCAGACGAGACCAGGCCAGACAGUUGGUUCGAGACCUGGAGACCCGCGGGAGUCAGGCGUUCCCAGCUUUAAUAGAUUGCCUUCAUGAGACAGGGCAGCAUAGCUUAGCAGAGCUCCUACUGGAUGGAGAACCACAGAACCAGCCUCUACCUCAGCCUGUCCAUGUCCGGCCAGUCGUUAGGCCUUUGCCAGUUUGUGAGUAGGCCUGUGUGGUCAUUCAUUACAAUAUCGGUCCAUACUGCUGAAAUUCUCAUAUUUGCUCUGGACUGCUCUAUUUUGACAGACUCCCCUAUGGACACUGACAAGCCUGUUCACGUGGUAACCCCUGUUUAUCCAACUCAAUCAGUGAAGCCUAUGCCCACCACUCCUAGUCCAUGUAAGUGUUCACAUCAAUUUUCUGUAAGCAAUUUGACAUAGUCUGCAUAUUCAAGUAUAAAUGUGGUGAUGUUUAUUGCGUGUUUAUUACAUGCUUAUUACAGCCCCUGAAAGGGAGUUUGGAAAACCCAGGGCAACAGGAAGAGUUAGACGUGACAGUAUUCAGGUAAGUUAUCUUGCCACUUGGUUCUAUUUACUGUAGGCUAAAUGAAGCAUCAGUUCCCCAUUGUGGUUAUUGACAGUACUCUCUAAAGGAAUUGUUGUAUCUCAGUUCUGUUUAAUUGAACUUAUAAUAUAACACAUAAUAGUGCAUUCGGAAAGUAUUCAGACCCCUUCCCUUUUCCCACAUUUUGAUAUGUUACAGCCUUAUUCUAAAAUGGAUUAAAUAAAACAUUUUCCUCAUCAAUCUACACACAAUACCCCAUAAUGUCAAAGCGAAAACAGGUUUUUAGAAAUUUUAAAAAUGAAAAACAGAAAUGCCUUAUUUACGUAAGUAUUCAGAUCCUUUGCUAUGAGACUCGAAAUUGAGCUCAGGUACAUCCUGUUUCCAUUGAUCAUCCUUGAGAUGUUUCUACAACUUGUUUGGAGUCCACCUGUGGUAAAUUCAAUUGAUUGGACAUGAUUUCGAAAGGCACACACCUGUCUAUAUAAGGUUCCAGAGUUGACAGUGCAUGUCAGAGCAAAAACCAAACCAUGAGGUCGAAGAAAUUGUCCGUAGAGCUCCGAGACAGGAUUGUGUCGAGGUACAGAUCUGGGGAAGGGUACCAAAAAAUGUCUGCAGCAUUGAAGGUCCACAAGAACACAGUGCCCUCCAUCAUUCUUAAAUGGAAGAAUUUUGGAACCACCAAGAGUCUUCCUGUAGCUGGCCGCCUGGCCAAACUGAGCAAUCGGGGGAGAAGGGCCUUGGUCAGGAAGGUGACCAAGAACCCGAUGGUCACUCUAACAGAGCUCCAAAGUUCCUAUUUGGAGAUGGGAGAACCUUCCAGAAGGACAACCAUCUCUGCAGCACUCCACCAAUCAGGCCUUUAUGGUAGAGUGGCCAAACGGAAGCCACUCCUCAGUGAAAGGCACAUGACAGCCCCCUUGGAGUUUGCCAAAAGGCACCUAAAGGACUCUCAGACCAUGAGAAACAAGAUUCUCUGGUCUGAUGAAACCAAGAUUGAACUCUUUGGCCUGAAUGCAAAUCUGGAAGAAACCAGGCACCGCUCAUCACCUGGCCAAUACCAUCCCUACGGUGAAACAUGUUGGUGGCAGCAUCAUGCUGUGGGGAUGUUUUUCAGUGGCAGGGACUGGGAGACUAGUCAGGAUUGAGGGAAAUAUGAACAGAGCAAAAUACAGAGAGAUCCUUGAUGAAAACCUGCUCCAGAAUGCUCAGGACCUCAGACUGGGGUGAAGGUUCACCUUCCAACAGGACAACGACCCUAAGCACACAGCCAAGACAACGCAGGAGUGGCUUCGGGACAAGUCUCUGAAUGUCCUUGAGUGGCCCAGGCAAAGCCCGGACAUGAACCCAAUCGACCAUCUCUGGAGAGACCUGAAAAUAGCUGUGCAGCGACGCUCCCCAUCCAAUCUGACAGAGCUUGAGAGGAUCUGCAGAGAAGAAUGGGUAGAAAUUCCCCAAAUACAGGUAUGCCAAGCUUGUAGCGUCAUACCCAAGAAGACUCAAGUCUGUAAUUGCUGACAAAGGUGCUUCAACAAAGUACUGAGUAAAGGGUCUGAAUACUUAUGUAAAUGUGAUAUUUCCACAUACUCUGUAUCUUGCCUCGUCAAGAUUGCAACAAGUCUAAAUUUGAGUCCAACUUGAUUGUUUGGAUAUACUGUGGAAUCAUUGCAUGCUUUACUUUUAUAUUCUCUCAGAGUUAUAAGAUGGAUGCCAACCCCUGUGGAAACUGCCUGAUCAUAAACAAUGUCGAUUUUGAGCCUAAGUCGGAGCUGAGUAACCGCACAGGGUCCAACAUAGACUGUGACAAACUGGAAAGAAGAUUCAGAUCUCUGAACUUUAUUGUUCUUGUCAAGAGAAACCUGAAACAAAAGGUGAGGAUGUCCUCAGCUACCUUCCUGUUUAGCCUACUAGUUUAGUUUAUAAAUAUUCAUGUUUAACUGGCCAAGUGAUCCAAUCCUUACAUGAAUCACUAUAUUUCAGCAAAUAAGACAGGAGCUAUUGGCUUUGUCCAAGGUGGAUCAUUCACAGUAUGACUGCUGUGUGGUGAUCAUGUUAUCACAUGGAACAGAGGUAAGACUCUUUCUAUCCUUUUACAAAUGCAUAGAAAGAUUAGGCAUUUUUGUCUUUCAGGAGAUUAAUAAGGUUAUUCCAUUUCAUUGCAUAUUUUCAGGUGGGUCACAAUCGCUUCCCUGGUGCAGUGCAUGGAGUGGACGGGCCCAAUGUCCCAGUUCAGCACAUUACCAACUACCUGAACGGUCAGAACUGCCCUUCCCUACAGGGCAAGCCCAAGAUCUUCUUCAUCCAGGCCUGUGGGGGAGGUAAGACAACUUCACUAGCUAUAAUAGUGGCUUAUGCUUAGUUAUAACUUAGUACUGGUUAUGCAGCACAGUAACAACAAUGUUAUGAAGGUGUUGUAAUAAUAGUCUGUACACUGGGUUACAUCUCUGACAGUGGAUGAAGUAUUUGGGGGGUAGUGGAACUAGUCUCGCUCUGCCCGUCAUCACACGGGAUUCUCGUUUGAGAAACCUAGAGCGGCUGGAGUCAUUUGUUAUAAUUGGUAUAAUGUUUUGCACAUUGUGGUCUGGCAGGUGAGAGAGACACGGGCUUUGAGGUGUCUCCUGAUGAGGCGAGGACUUGUAUUGGAGGAACAGGUGACCAGACAGACGCCAUGCCUAUGUCCUCCAGCAGUGACUCUCUGAGCACUCAGUCUGAUGAGCCAGACGCUAGGGCCACACUGCCCACACCCAGCGACAUACUGGUGUCCUACUCCACGUUCCCAGGUGUGUGUGUGUGUGGAGGGGGGGUUUAUGUGCAUGUUUGUGUGUUUCUGUCAAAUACAAUACAUCUUUGUGGUUAUCAAUCCCAGAAAGUGUCGUUAGUGUGUCUGUCGCCCUGAUGGCUGUUUGUCGUGUGACUUGUACAGGUUACGUCUCCUGGAGAGAUACCCAGGCUGGCUCCUGGUAUGUAGAGACACUGGAUAACAUCUUAGAAGAGAAUGCUGCCACUGAUGACCUGGUCACCAUGUUAAUGAUAGUGAGUUUGUCGUCUUUUAAAAUACAGCUGUAUUUACUUUUAACGAUACUAAAGUAUAUUCUCAUAUGAAGCUUUCAAUGUUGUUUGUGUUUGUGUUCAGGUAAACCAUGAAGUUUCACAGAACUCAGCCAAAGGCCUCUACAAACAGAUGCCUGGUUCCUUUAACUUUCUACGCAAACUUCUCUACUUCCAAGCCCCGCCCUGCCAGAGACCAAUCCAGUCAUGACAUCACAGAGUUUCACUCUCAGGAAAUAUUUGUCUCUUCGUGUGCCCUUAUAAAACAAUUUGAGUUUUCUCUAUCAAUGUUUAUUUGGUUAUGUGAUCAAGAGGACCAAGAUUGUAAUUUUGUGUUUUAUUAUUUUCUAAUUUUCUUUAUUUUCUUGUUUUUAUGCGCACCAUUUUUGAGCUUCCAAAUUGCAAAAUCAUUGUGACAAUCAAAAAAAUGGCAGCAAAAAAAACUAUGGUUUCCCUUGAGAAGCUCUGCGAAAUAUCAAUCAGGACUGUUGAUGGCCUUACUAUUAGCCAGAAAAUCAAUUGCAUAUAAUAUGUAAUUUCCAUGAGUAAAUUCGUUAUUCGGAAUUCUGAAUAUUUAGUGAAUGGCUAUUAAUGUUCAGUACUUUAGAAUAACGAUUUGAUGUCCAAAUUGAAUUGUGUAAUUGUGUUCUGGUUCAUAUUUCUACACUGUUUCAAAAAUAUAUUUCUUUUUUAUUUUAAGGUUUAAAGGUUACCGUUGCAACAUUUAUUUGGUAUGGCGGGGUGCCUGUGAGUCAUUGUGGCUUUCAAAUACAGUAAGCAGGAUUCAGGAGUUUGUUUUACAGCAAAUUGAGAUGUUUCAACAUGCAAAGGGAAAUUCCUGAAAGAGAUACUAAAAUCCACAUUUGGGUCCCUCAAUUCCCACUUCCAGUGGUUGGAAU